AUGUCUUUGCCUUCCUCCACUGUGACCACAAACAUGGUCUCCAUCUCCAACACAAACUCCCGAUCGAACCCGGAUCUUGUGUCUACCUUCUCGAACACAAAAACUCUAGACCUGGAACCUAACCCAUUUGAGCAGUCGUUUGCACAGAACGACGAUGCGUUACUGAUCUCGGGCAAGGUUGGCCCGGGGAAGCUUAACGGCAGCAAAGAUGGCAUAUCAGAGAACCUCGCCGGUGCUGCUGACGGCUCCAAGCCCCUGAUCAAGCCGCAGAGCGAUACGCAGUUGAACAACCUGCGAAAGUACGAUGAGGACGCUGUGCUUCAGAAACAAGCUCAGCACUUGAAAAAGCAGCAUCAGCAUCAGCAUCAACAUCAACAUCAGCAUCAGCAACAACCUCCACCUCAGCUUCAACAGCAGCAACCGCAGCAAAAACAGCAACUGGACUCACAAAACCAACAACCACAGCAGGAAAUCCUCCCUUACUCCCAAAGUAACACAUCGCUUUCCAGAAGCUCAGUGGCAAACACCAAUACCCCUAAUUCUCAGCACUCUCAGAACAUCAAGCAAAAUGAGGCACCACUAGACUUCAAUGUAAAACACAUCCAGCAAAACUUGCCAAAGCAACCUUCCAACGUGUCCUUCAAUCUUUCGCAUAGAUUGGAUCACAGCUCGAUGUCUCCACCGGUACUAACUCCGGGUGGGACAAAAAGGAUGGCAUCAAGUGUAUUGCCUCCUCUGCCUGGUUUCUUAUCUCCCGGCGGUGGCUCGUUCAUUGCCACGCCUGGUAUCUGGAAUUCACUGUUUCCUUUGACCCCCGGCGUCCAGCAACAGCAACAACUGUUGCAGCAACAGAACACACCGCUUAAUGUUGCUUCUUUGGGAGCUUUAUCACCAAACACUUUGGCAAUGACCCAACAGCAGUUGCAACAGCAACAACAAAUUCAGAACAAAAACUUUCAAAACUUGCAGAAACAAAUACAGCAGAUACAGCAAAUUCAACAAACUCAGCAUCAAGGAAAAGGACCCAGCAAACAGCAGCUGCAGCAGCUGCAACAACUUCAAGUACAGCAACUGCAGCAGAUGCAACAGCCGAACUCACAUAAUUUAAUGGAUGUUACAGCAGCUCAACUUUCAGAUUCAGCGAAUGCUGAGCAGCAAGAUAAGUUGACACUAGAUCAACGUCAGCAGCAACAACAACCUCAGCAACCUCAACAGGCUCAAGCACUUCAACAGACUCAACAACCUCAACAGGCUCAACAACAUCCACAACCCCCACAACCUCCACAACCUCCACAACUACUACAACAGCAGCAGCAGCAGCAGCAACAGCAGCCAAUGCAGAUGUACAACUUCAUCAUGAACGCAAAAAGAUCAGGUCUAACUCCGAACGAGAGUUCCAUUCGGACAGGCCUGACACCUGGGGUCAACAUGUUUCAAAAUAGCUCUCUCUAUUCAUACUUUCCUAUGGCCCCAAAUUCUCAGAUGCCCAUGAACGGAUCAUCGCUUUCGGUCGGAAGCAACAACACUAAUAACACCAGCAUUACCAACACCACUAACAACACGAACAAUACGACAAAUACCAACAACAACAAUGCCAGCAACAUUAUUGGAGUUGGUUCCGAUAUUAGAAAACCGUUGUCUACAGGGUUAACCGGGUUCAAUAUACCGACUUUGGGAAAUUUGGAUGUUAAAACACUAUCGAACCUAGAUCCAGGACAAACUCAUCAGGACAUGAACAAUGCAAACAUCAAGGGAGGCAUAUCAGUUGAUGGGCAAGCGGGAAUCGUGGAUGGCACACAAUUCAACCGCUCGCAUAAAAGCUCUACAUCUACAACUCACACAACCACAAAUAACAUUAGACCGACUAGCGAUCAGGCAUCUGUAUCUCCUGCUUCCAAAGACACUAUCAUCCCUCUAGCUAACUCCAGCCUCAACGUAGGCGUCAUGAAUGAGUCCUCAUACAUCAAUGAGAUUCCUAUGCCAAGAGCAGAAAAAGGCACUACUGCUACCAGCAACACCAGGAAAAGGUUAUCAAGCUCUUCAGAAGUAAAUCACGAUACAAAAAGAGCCAAGAGCGUGAAGAUGGAAGAAUCAUCUCCAAAUUUAACUGGGUCACCCGAGAGUGUUUCGUCUGUCAAGGCCAAGUCUGCAAAGUCAAAGAAGAAGGCUCCUGCCACGGAAGAGGAGAAGCGCCAAAACUUCCUUGAACGCAACAGAGUGGCUGCUUCGAAAUGUCGGCAGAGAAAGAAGGAGAUGAUUGAGAACAUGAAGUAUGACUUGGAAGAAUACAAAGCCGAGAACAAGCUGCUUCGUGAUCAGGUGGGAACUCUGCGCGAGCAUGCCCUCACACUACGUACCAUUCUCUACGCUCACCGGGACUGUUCUCUUCUGAUCGAGCAGGUGGGCGGCAUCCAGAGCUUGAACACGAUUCUCAAUGCCACCAACUAUGUGGCCCAAAUACCAGAGGCCCACCAGAGUCCGGAAAACAUCAAUGCCGAUGAGGUUCCACAGCUGCUGAACGGUUCCGGCACCAACGUCCAGGCCGCCGUUGCCGCUGCUGUAGCGCAUACUACCAACAAGGCCAUUGAAAGACAGGGCAGGCUUUCUACCUCCCAGUGA